AUGAAAGACCGCGCAGACGGUGACGUCGAAAGUAUUCAGAAGAUACCCAUCGCAUCUCCCACACCGCCGGCAGAGUCUCCUCCGGAUGUAUCAGACAAACGGUUGAAUGAUUUGGGUUACAAGACCGAGUUCCGCCGGAACAUGUCUCUCUUCGGGGUUCUUGGGAUUUCGUUCUGUGCAAUUGGAAUCCUCACGGGCAUGAGUAGUGCCUUUCAGACGGGUCUGUUCUCAGGCGGACCGUUAGGACUGUUUUGGGGAUGGAAUACAGGCUGGGUAUACAGCAUCGCUAUGGUCUUCACCGGCACAUCGGGGAACCUCAGUGUUGCUCUGUACCUGGCUUCUCUCGCUGAGGUCGGACAAAACCGGGUUCUUACUCGAGUAGAGAUUGCCGCGAUCGCAUGGGGUGUCAACAUUGCAUCAGGUGUGAUCAACACUGUUGGAACGAGGGCGAUCGGCGGUAUGAGCGCAUUUAAUUUAUGGUGGACCCUUGGUGGAACAUUUGUGCUCGUUAUUACGCUUCUCGUCAAAGCACCAGUGAGGAAUCCCGCAGACUUUGUGUUCACGGACUUCCAGAACUUCACAGGAUGGAGCAACAGAGGAUUUGUAGUCCUUUUGGGAUUUCUACAGGCGGUCUACACCCUCGAAGGCUGCGAGACCGCCGCACAAGUCGCAGAGGAAGCCCAGCGCGCUGAGCUGCUUGCGCCGCUAGCCGUUGUAGGGUCCAUCGCGGGAUCCUGGCUCAUCGGCCUCGCAUACAUGCUGGCGCUGCUCUUCUCGGUGCAGAGCAUCGCACGUGUACAGUCCACAUCGUACGCGCUGCCCAUCACACAGUUGUACUACGAUGCGGUUGGCCCCCGCCUAACACUCAUGUGCCUCACGGUUGUUGCACUCGCGCAAUUCAUGGCGUCAGUGACUGCUUUCACAGCCAGCUCGCGAUUGUUCUAUGCGCUGAGCAGGGAUAAUGCAUUCCCGAUGAAGACGUGGUUCAUGACGUUGAAUCGCUAUCAAGCCCCAUAUUGGGGAGUUUGGGUGUCUGUACUCGUGGGAUGCAUUAUCUCAUGCGCUUAUAUUGGCUCUGCAAUUGCUUUCAAUGCGAUAUUGUCAUCUGCUGCCAUCGCUGUAAUGCUGAGCUAUCUGCAGCCUAUUCUUAUAAGAGUAUUCUGGCCAUCCACGAGUUUGCCUGAGCGCGGUCCGUUCAAUCUUGGGAGGUGGUCAUGGGUAAUCAAUCUUGCUAGUUUCAUGUUUGCAGUGUUCAUCUGUGUCCUCUUCAUCUUGCCCACCGCAUACCCGGUCAACACUCUAGACAUGAACUAUGCUAUCGUUGCCAUUGGUGCCAUCAUAUUGAUAGUUGCACUGUGUUGGUUUGUGUGGGGAAACUCACACUUUGUAGGCCCAGUUAAGACGAUCUUAGUCAACGAAACUGGCGGUGAAAAUGAGAAAGUAUUUUCCGAGGUUGAUUAA